UUUAAUCUAAGAUUGUUUUAUGGGCUUCUAAUACAUAAUCUUCUACCCCAAUAAUUGUGUCUUCAUCUUCUCGGGAUAGUUAGCCACAGAUGUGGCCGUCGUACUGAUCCGAUUUCUCACACCGGCAUGGAGGUCCCGAUGAGUACGAUUAUCACUUUCCAAUCUCUGGUGAAAGUUGUGGUCGUCCCUCGUCCGUAUCGAUUCACUUGCAGCUCUUCUCACACCGUUACGAAACGCUACCGGAUUCAAUCAUUGUCAUUAAAGUUCUAAUUUAAUUCUCAUCUCUGAGCUCCUCUUUCCAUGAUUUCACAUUCAAUUAGCAGUGAAUCUGCAACUAUAAAUAUGAGGCACUGUGAUGUGAAAGAUGGUGGACUCAUCAAAGACAUAAGUCAUGAGAAGAAACAUAUGAAGCAGUUUCUCAUCAAGGAAUGUCGACGUUGCUUUGACACCUCACCAAAAAGAGCUGAUGAGCUUUUGAGAAACAUGGCGAGAGUAGAGAUACCAAUAAUAAUAUCCCUCCAAAUGUUUUAUUACAACCUCAGAUGGGUAAUGAGUUCAAUAUCACCAUCCACAUCAGCAACAUCAAUGGUUUAUCCAUAUCUGGUUUUUGAGAUGCAACAACUGGUUACUGGUGUCUCCAGUGUCUAUGAUUAUGAAAGGAUUUUGCACUACAGAACAAGCCUAUGGGAGGACCAACAAGGGGUCCUCAAUGAGAUAUCGUUGAGAAGUAUCUUAACUUGGACAUAUAAGAGGCUGAUGAAUUAACAGAUAAUCUGCCAGUACGUUGAGGAGCUAGGAAAUAUGGUUAGAAUGAAGGAGAAGGCAUAAACAAACUUUUGUGCUUAGUGUCUGUUUAUUUGUUGCUUAGUAUUACAAAAUGCAAUAUCUAUGUGAUGAACAAUCUUAGACUCAUGAAUUAGAGAAGAAGUUAUUAAGCGUAGAAGAAUAAAACAAAGAACUUUGAAGGUUA